UAGUGGCAACCGAAUCGAAAACGAAAGUGGAAAUGUUGCAAUGCCGCCGGCCGCUCCAUCUCCUUCACCUCCUCCUCGCUCGCCCACGCCGCUCGCUCUUGGCCAGCCGGCAUUGAAUUGCACUUGGUUCUGCUUGAAUAAGCUGUCAAAGAGCGCCGGAUUUCGGAACCCAGGGAAACCAUACAUUUAUCCGAACAUAUACGGUCAUUAUGAUAGAACGAGAAAUUAUCCACACGACCCCCGCUUCAAAGCGCAUCUUCGAAGUUCUUCAGGAUGUCCUGCAGUUCUUGGUGCUCUUCGUGAGAAUCCUGCUGGAGUUGUUUGUUACCCUGGUACAGACUUUCUUGCCCAAGAAAUUGAAAGAUAUCAGCGGGGAGAUAGUCCUGAUUACAGGAACUGGACAUGGAAUAGGCCGGGAGCUCGCCCUUCACUAUGCUUCUUUGGGUAGCACAGUGGUUUGUGUUGACAUCGAUGAGAAAAACAACUCGCAGACUGUGCAGAAGGCCAAACGCCUCAAUCUAGGCGAAGUUUACAGCUACAGCUGCGAUGUAUCCAAGCGAGAAGAGGUUAUGGCCCUAGCGGAUCGGGUCAAGGCCGAGGUUGGACACAUAUCGGUGCUUGUAAACAAUGUCGGCAUAAUGCCCACCCACCCAAUCCUCCAGCAAUCGGCCGAGGAAAUCCAGCGGGUUUUCGAUGUGAAUGUGUUCUCUCAGUUCUGGACCAUCCAGGCCUUUUUGUCCCACAUGCAAGAGAAGAAUCGUGGCCACAUCAUCUGCCUCUCUUCUAUUGCCGGCUUGGUUGGGAUCUCCAACUUGGUGCCCUAUUGCGCCACAAAAUUCGCAGUUCGUGGGCUGAUGGAGGCACUGCAUGCAGAGUUACGAGAGGGACCUUACAGGGAUCUGAUAAAAACAACCACCAUCUUCCCCUACAUGACCAACACCGGCCUGUGCAAGCAUCCCAAGGUGAAGUUCCCCUCGAUCCUGGGCCUGCUGGAUCCCAAGCAGGUGGCCAGAAGAAUCGUGGAGGCCCACCGCUCCGGUCUUAUGGAGGUAACCAUUCCCAGCUGCCUGCUGCACAUCAACAACUGGACGCGACUCCUGCCCGAUCAUUGCGGCCUGAUGCUGAAGGACUUUAUCGACAGCGGUGUGGAUUCGGAUUUAAUUUAGGUUACCCUCGAUUUAGUAGAUCAUAGAUCGAGUUACAACAUGUUGCAGUACAAUAAACUUACUUUUGGAGUAUGUAUUAAAAUAAAAUCAAAACUAAUAUGAUA